CUGAGAGCAAUGUCAAAUUCAAUCACACUUUGUUGAAAACAUUUUGGGUAUAUCAAUGAUACAAAGAAGAAGGUAGUUUCACUUUAAGGCUGGUAUUGUCACUCGCGAAGCGAAUGAAAAUAACGGCGAAUUUCGCUGUCUCGAAUUGUGAGACGCGAAUUUCCAGCGAAUUCGCCGCAAAAUGGCGAACGGUUGUCGAAAAUGAAUUUCUUGCAUUGCCACUAGCGAAAAAGCGACAUUCGCUUCGCCAGAGCUGUCAAAAUUUGUCGACUGUUUAUUUGGUUCGCGUUUGAAAUGGAAAGGACAACAAAACGGACAACAACGCAGCAGUUCCAAAAGCUGGUUGCAAUUAUGGAAAACAAUCCAGACGUCGCUAGAGGAAUGGGAAGCUUCGGUUCCACGAAGAAAAGCAGGGCAGAGCUGUGGGAAAAGUUUGCAACUGAACUUAACGCCAUUGGUCCUCCAAUGCGUAACGGACGCGAGUGGAAUAAGGUAAGAACUGAACUAGUUUGUGUUGCCGUAGUUACUUAUGAGUACUAUUUAGGUUUGGUUGGAUUACAAGCUGAAGCUAAAAAAAAAAUGCGACAAACCGACGAGAAACUGUGGCCACAGGAGGAGGACCUUAUACACAACAAAGCUUAACACCACUAGAGCGAACCGUUGAUGAGCUUCUCCACCUUCAGGAAGCAGUCAACCCAGCAGGCUCUUCAUUUGGAACGAACGUGGAAGAAAAUGCGGUGAGUGGCAAUAGAAUUGAUUUAGAGGAGCCACUGGGCGAACAAGCUCCGGAUGCGGAUUUGGUACCGCGAUCAUCAACUCCACGGCCAAGGUUGACAGUUGAGGAUCGAGAAAGCAUUCGGAUCAAAGCGUUGGAAAAGCAGGCUGAAGUGCAAGACACACUUUGCGAGAGGAUUCCAAAUAUUAAGAAGCUUGCAGAAAUCGCGAGGUAUACGAGAAAGACAUAGGAUUUAAAAAGGAAGAAUUAAAUUUAUUGAAAUUAAAGGAAGAGGGAAAUUUUAGAGAAGAAAAGACAGCUUAAGGAAAAGAUGGAAAAAAUGAAACUAAAGGAGUUAGAACUAAAAACAUUAAAAUACAGCCAAAAGUAGACUGUAAUAUUGUUACAAACUACUUUUGGUUGUAUUUUCAGAUUUAGUUCCUACUCUUUAGAUUCAUAUCCAUCUUUUCUUUACGUUGAUUGAAUUUGUGAUUUUUUUAUUUUUAUUUAUAAAAAAUGUGAUGAACUAGUUUUAAGUUUAAUAUUUUUUU